AUGGCGCGAGCGCGAGGGGCCUUUUUUGCGGCCCUAAUCGCCCUCAGCGCGGCACACCAGCGCUACGCAACACAAGAAAGCCCACAGCAGACAUAUUCUCAUCUGGAGUGCCGGGUUGACGACCCGCUAUCGUGUAGCCAGAGUAAAGGCGAAGUCUGCGUCUUCAACAAUGGGCAGUACCGCUGCGCUUGUCCGCCUGGAGUUUCCCGGUUAAGCGAUGGUCGAUGCAAAUCCCUGAACGAAUGCUCACAGCCGAAAUUCAACACUUGCCACAAGGACGCCCGUUGUAUCGACAAGGUCGAGGGCUACACUUGCGAAUGCAAAGAAGGAUUCUCCGAUGUUUCAUCCGAUCGUGUCAACAAACCUGGCCGUCAAUGCCAAAGGACUCAAAACGAAUGUGGCGCCCCACAAACCUACGGUGUCGAUUGCCACGAUGCGGCCAGCUGCGUCGACACGGCUGAAGGAUUCCAGUGCGUCUGCCAGCCCGGAUACACCGAUAUUUCGGCCACUUAUUCGAAGAAUCCAGGACGUCAGUGCGUUGAAGUGGUGAACGAAUGCCGAAUGGGUACCGCUGAUUGCUCCCCGAAUGCUGAAUGUAUUGAUUUGCCACAAGGAUAUGAUUGCCGUUGCCGUGCCGGAUACGUCGACGCUUCACCCAACGUGGAAUUCUACCCAGGUCGUGUCUGCUCACAACCACGCGAGCCAGAAUAUUACGGAAGAGUGUCGCCGGUGAAUGAAUGCUCGGACAGCUCGACUUGUGGACCCAACGAAGAAUGCCAGGUGGAUGCUUCGGGUCGUCGUGUCUGCACGUGUCAAAGUGGUGCUGUCAAGGAUGAGAAUGGCCGAUGCAGAGUUUACUCGCAAUGCGAACGUUCACAAGAAUGCGACGCAAAUGCUCAAUGCUCAAAUACAUAUUCGGGAGUGGAAUGUAAAUGUCAGGCCGGCUACAAGGACGUUUCACCUGACCCGAUUGGAAGCCCUGGUCGUAAAUGCAAGCUCUUGACCAACGAAUGUGCUGAACAAACGCAUGAUUGCGAUCCCCAGGCCGAAUGUAUCGAUACUCAAGAUUCUUUCACUUGCCGUUGCCCAGCCCACCUUACCGAUGUAUCUUCCCGUUACGGCAAGAAGCCCGGCAGAAAAUGCGCGAAAAGCGGAAACUACUGCAGCGAUAAGUCCCAGAAUACCUGUGACGAGAAUGCCGACUGUGUUUCCCUGCCUGAUGGAUACACAUGCAAAUGCUUCAACGGCUACGUUGACGUUUCGUCAAAUGCUAACCUGCCGCCCGGUCGUGCCUGUACCCUCCACACACAAUGUCCCACCCAACCUACCGACCUGGUCUUCUUGAUUGAUGGAUCUGGAUCGAUCGGCUCAUACAUUUUCCAAACCGACGUUCUGCGCUUCGUCUCUGAGUUCACCGAAUUGUUCGACAUUGGGACACAGCAAACGCGUGUAUCCGUCGUCCAAUACUCUGACCAGAUCCGCCACGAAUUUGGCCUCGGAGACUACUCAAAUGCUCGCUCGGUACAUGACGCCAUCCAGGGCAUCGAAUAUCUCACCGGACUGACUCGCACUGGAGCCGCUAUUGAGCAUGUCGCCAAUGAAGCCUUCAAUGAGAGAAGAGGAGCUCGACCUCGUUCAUCUUCGGUAGCGCGAGUGGCUAUUGUAAUCACAGACGGACGUUCUCAGGACAACGUGACCAUCCCUUCAAACAACGCGCGCCGCAUGGGUAUCCAGCUGUUCGCUGUUGGUGUUACAAACCACGUUCUCGACUCGGAGCUGGAGACGAUCGCUGGAAGUCACGAUGCCUUCUUCCACGUCAAUGGAUUUGAGGAUUUAAAUACGCGCCUGCGCUCGUUGAUCCAAAAGGUUGCCUGUCCACCAGAGGCCCCAAGGGAACCGACUUACGGCCCCUGCGACCCAUCGACUCACAAUGGUUGCGACCGUUCGAAGAACCAAGUCUGUUUGGUCAACAACGGCCGAUUCAGCUGCGGAUGUCCCAAGGGCUUCGAACUGCACCCCGUCACAAAGGUGUGCGGCGGAGAUAUUUGCAACCCAGAGAUCUCGACAUCGUGCCCCGAUCCGGAAGUUUGCGAGAAGACACCCUUCGGAAAUUGGCGCUGCUCUUGCGCGGAAGGAUGGAGGGACCCGCACACUGGUGCAUGCAAGCUGCUUCCCAAAGAACAAGAUGCUGGCUGCAAAUCUGAUGCUGAAUGUCCGAAUGGAAAGUGCGUUCGAUCUUACGACGGAUCUUACGUUUGCGAAUGCGGCGAUGGCUUCCAAAUGGACCCAAAGACCGACCAGUGCAUCGUUCCCGGAACCUGCUCAUCCGGAAGUUGCGACCCGCGCAAGAAGGAACAAUGCUUGCCUGGACCAAACGGCCAGCCUAUUUGCCAAUGUCAGCCCGGCUAUGUUCGCGAUUCGACUACUGGAAUCUGCUUGAUCAACGAGUGCCUGGGACCAAACGAAUGUGAUCCCAAUGCCAUCUGCAAAGAUACACCCGAAUCUUAUAUCUGCACGUGCAGGCCUGAUUAUCAAGACGAAUCUCCUGAUCCGAUCAGGAAGCCUGGCAUCAAGUGUUCCUCAGAUAAGGAUGAAUGCCUCCUCAACCAACACAAUUGCUCAGUCAACGCCGUCUGCCACAAUUUGCGAAUUGGAUUCCUGUGCGUCUGCAAGGAAGGAUUCAUCGAUAAGUCCCCGAACCCGACGGCUUUCGGCGGAACAACUUGUGAGCCGAGCAUUGAUGAAUGUGCCGAUCCGUCGCUCAACAACUGCCACAAGAACGCGACUUGCAUUAAUACGUAUGAUUCAUACACUUGUCGCUGCAACGACGGAUUUGUUGAUUUGGAUAAUUUGAGGAACCCUGGUAGACAAUGCAAGAAGAUCAAUGAUAUCUGUGAGACCGGACGACACACGUGCUCACCAAAUGCGCGUUGCGUUGAAGUUGGUGCGCAGGAGUAUGAAUGUAUCUGCAACAACGGAUUCCUGGACAUGAGCCCCGAUCCAGCACAGGGUGGUCGUGUCUGCAUCGAGCAAGUCUGCCUCGAUCCGACCAAGAACGACUGCCACCCAGCGGCCAUUUGCAAGGAGGUCGCUACUGCCGAGAAGUACACAUGCACCUGCAGGGAUGGAUACAUCGAUUUGACGCCAUCAAAGCCUGGCCGAGAAUGCAAGGAAGAAAUCUUCGAGUGUUUGAACCCACAACUCAAUGACUGUGACCCCAUCGCCACGUGUAUCGAGAAGAGGGAUGGUUACGACUGCGUCUGCCCUCUCGAAUCAAAGGAUAUCUCCCCUGAUCCAAGCAGACCUGGAAGAAAAUGUCAUGCCAACUUCGACGAAUGCGCCCAUCCUGGCUAUAAUAACUGCUCACGCUUCGCCGACUGUUUCAACCUUGACGAAGGAUACCGGUGCCAAUGCCGUCAGGAAUACUAUGACGAGGAUAAGGAGCAUCCUGGAACCCAGUGCAAGCUUAUCGUCGAUGAAUGCCAGGUCCCGUCUCUGAACAACUGCAGUAGCCACGCGAAGUGCACCAAUACCUUGGAGGGCUACGAGUGCGACUGUAUCGCUCCGUACAUUGACGUGAUGCCAACGGAUAAGGGCCGCAAAUGCGAGUUUGACGAAUGCCAGGACCCGAAGUACAAUGAUUGCGCCAAGGAAGCUACCUGCCAUAACACUCCUGAUAGCUAUUAUUGUGUGUGCAAUGCUGGAUUCUACGAUGCUAGCCCGGAUCCGGAGAAGCAAGGACGCGCUUGCAUUGAAUAUUCUAUCCCCGAGCCAACAGCUACUGCCCACAACGAUGUCAGCCUAUUUAACUGCGGAAACCAACGAUGCCGCUCUAGUUUGGGAGAGGUUUGCCUUGACGGAAAAUGUGUCUGCAAACCAGGGCAGCUAAAGGACGACACCAAGGGAGGAAUCUGCACCGACGCAAUUGAGAUCCCGAUCAAGAUUCGCGUUGUCAGCAAGGAUGGAGAGACCAUCGUGUACAAUUAUGACUAUUCUCAGCCUAACACUCCGGAAUAUAUCGAGAUCAGCAAGGAGUUCAAAAACGGAAUCGGCUCCACCUUGAAGAAGACGGAAUAUGCCCCUAAAUAUUUGGGAACCGAUUUGCAGAUCGUGCUUCCACCGAGGAUUGAGAACCCGGAUUGGGACCGAGGCCUUCUCCUAAAUGGUUCCGUGAAAUUGAGCCCAAGUGCCGACAAGUGCGAGGUAUGGAAAGCCCUGAGCCGCCAGAUCGAGAGCCAAGGCAUGGUAAUUUCGAAACUUGGCGUGGACAACCUCGAUGACCUGGAUCCAUGUGGUGAUCGCAUCAUGGGUUUGGCAUGUGGUGCUGGAUUCUGCAACUUAGCCCUCGGCGAGAUCUGCGCUCAGAAUUCCGUCUGCAUCUGUCCCAAGGGAUUCAAACGAGCCCAUGAAGGAGAAAAGUGUGUUGAGGUGGAUUCACUGAACAUGCCCUUGUAUGUUAUUCGCGACCAUGAGUCUCCCAUCUCCUGGACUACAGAGCUUGCUACUCCUGGAACAAGCUACCACAAGCAAAUUGUUGACCGGUUCACCUCCGGCAUCAUCGAGGUGCUUCACCACCUGCAGCCGGUUGGCCAGAGUGUUGUGACGGUUGAGGUCAAGGAUAUCGAGGAACCAUCCUCUCGAAAUGCGUCGUGGGAAACCGGAGCACUCUUCAACUACACUGUCUACGUCAAGAAGGGCUCGGUGGAUACUCCCCGACGUGUGUACACUGAUAUGCUAGAUUACAUCAUUCGUAGAAACAACAUGGAGAUUGGAACCAAGAAGCUGUUCAUCUCGCCUGAUCAGCUGGACUGGGGCGGUCCAUGCUACAACGCUGACUGUGGUCCGAACGCUCGUUGUAUCCCAGAUGGACAUGGAGGAUAUCGUUGCCAAUGUGCCGUCGGGUUCGUCGACUUACUGCCUAGCAGCCCAGGACAUGAUUGCCUGUCCGAGCAUUCUCCUCGUUGGUGCGACAACGCUACACUCAAUACCUGCUCACCAAAUGCACAUUGCGAGCUUGCACCCUACAAAUACAAAUGUAUCUGCAAUGACGGUUUCAAGGAUGCCUCGGAACCUGAUCAAGUACCUGGAACGAUCUGUUUGCUUGACCCAUGCUCUGAUGUUAACUACUGCCCGGCUAACUCGAAAUGCAAGAGUUAUGGUGAUAACGCUGUCUGUGAAUGCAUCCCACCAUCUGUGGACGUACGCAAGGCUGGACCUGAAAAGCUGGAAGAGAAUCACCUUGAACACAAUUAUUGCCUACCACUGACUUCUGUAAACGAAUGUGCCCUGAAGUUGGACAACUGCUCGAAUUUGGCAACUUGCAUCGACAAGCCAAUUGGCUACACAUGCCAGUGUAACAGCGACACAACUGACCAGUUCCCCGAACAACCUGGCCGAUUUUGUGCCCUCAAGGCAUGUGGUGAAUGCAAUGGGCAUGGUACUUGCAUUACUAGCUCUAAUUCAUCCCUUACGACCUGCUUGUGUGACGAAGGAUGGACGGGCGAUCAUUGCGAGACUGCCGCUUCAAAGGCUGGACUCAUCUUGGCUCUGAUCUUGGCUCUUCUCUUCUUGCUCCUCACUCUGCUCUGCUGCAUUUGGGCGUGCACUCGAUGCCGUUGCUUCGGCGGACGUGGUGCCUCGGUCGGAACCAGCGGACAAGAGAUCGUCUCGGAAUACUACACAAUCCCCCGGCCGAAGUUGAAGCCGGCAUAUGCUGAAGACUUUGGAGACAACUCUGGUGCUCUCGCUGCUUACCUUGAUGAUGGUGCAUCGAUUAGCAGCGGCGGCUCUUUGGAAGAGAUCGAACGUCGAGUGACCACCGACGUCACGACACGCGAGAUCCGCACCACCACAAUCACCGAUUCCGAGGGCAACGUACACACCACUCAGGAGGUGAUCAACCAUGGCGGGGACAUCCACUCAUCGGUUGAGACUGAGGCCGAACAGUUUGCGAUGACUUCGGCCGAUCAUUUCACACAUGCGGCCGCCGGAUCUUCUGGCUACCAUGCUUCUGGUGCCUCGCACUUCGAAGAUGACAACUUGUCGCUCGACUCAGAUGCCGGACAGCAUGUUUCUGACCGGGUCAACCGGGCCAGCCAACAUCACGAGUUCGAAUCCGGCAUUGAACGAAGACGAAAUGAGUUUUCAAGCACGAUGAACUCACGAGAGGAAGACUACGCAACCGUUGGUGAAUUGGGCCGUGGAAAUGGGGAUGCGACGAUGGAUAGAAAUACCAAAUUCUCGACUCAUCAUGAUUUCCAACCCGGAGCCGAUGCACGAACCGGAGUUGAACGUCGCAAGAAUGAAAUGGUGACCACGACGACAUCAAACGAAACCAACUAUUUC